AUGUUGAAACAAGACGGACCAGUCCGCACCAAGCGUGUCCGUGAGGCUCGUGACGACGCAAAGAAGGAGAUUGCCGACUACAAGGCUUCCAAGGAGGAGGAGUUUAAGAAGUUCCAAGCCGAGCAUAGCAGGGGAAACCAGCAGGCCGAGGAGGAAGCCUCAAAGGAGGCGGACAAGGAGAUCAAGAAUAUCAGGGAGGCCGGGUCCAGGGGGCAGGAGGGCGUGGUGAAGAGCCUCCUCAGCGCUGUGUUUGAAGUGCAUCCCGUUGCGCCCGAGAAGGCGUAG